AUGAAUGCAACCCGGCGCCCUCGACUGAACGACGACAUCAUGUAUCUCAUAUUCCCGUACAUCGACCCGUUCAACCUGGCCAUGACCUCUUCGCAUAUGUACCGACUCGCAUUCUCCUCUCGCUUCGCAAAUGUAUCCAUAGAAGUCGGCCGAAGAGAGGAAGCACAAACUGAUUUCCUCCUCCAACGAGACCCAGUCUUGAACACGGUCCGCGCAUCGAACAUUCGCCGCAUUGUCAUGAUGGGCCCACACAACGAGACUACCGACUUUACCACGCAUGCUCUGCCCGUCCUUCAACACUCCGCAGCAAAGUUGCACGACUUGAGCGUCGUAACUUCCUACAAAAACGGGUUCGAGCGCGAUCCUCGCUUGCUCGCUGCGAUUACGACCAUGCCAAAGCUCACCUCGCUGUGCCUCUACCUGGAUCCCGCACUUUUCUCCCACUUGUCCAAUUUCCCUUCCGACACCGUCAUCGAGACUCUCUUUCUCGUAUUCUCAGGCCCAGACGACAGCCUCCACCACGUCACGUUUUCCACUUUUGUCACGACCCUCGCCCGCUUCCCUCGUCUGCGCGACCUCAAGGUCGGGCUCCUAGACUCGCUCCUCGAUCCAGUCGAUCCCAUCGCACCGCCCGGACUUGCGCUCCUCCCGAGCCUGGCCAGUCUUUCCCUCAUAAAUCACAGCAUCGUCGCACUCCCUCUGUGCCCGCUGUGCCCGCGCCUCUCCUCCCUGCUCUGCGAGAACGGCCAGCUCGACCUCUCCGCUCUCCCCUCGGACCUCGGUCCAUACACCGGCCCCCGAUGGCCCCCGAUCCGCUCCCUCUCGCUGUCCCUCCCUCGUGGCGCGCCGCUGCUUUCGCACUGGUUCGUCGCUCACCGCGUGGCCUCGGGGUCUGCGGGCGUCGCGCGGGUGCACAUCGAACGCUGGUUCGCCGACGCGCGCACGCUAGACGCCGUGCCAAACGUGGUGGAGAUGCGCGGGCUCCCGCAGCUGCUUGCGGAGAUGAAGCCCAUCGCGCUCGUCCUCGACGUCGUCCCUUCCACCGCGCCCGCGCCCACGCCCGCGUUGACGACCCCCACACUCGGGCCCGAACGAACGUGGCAGGCGAUCGCCGCCGCACCGCUCCGGCUGCGUUCCCUCGACCUCACCAUCGGCGGGCACGCGCCCCCGGCUGACCACGAGCCCAUAGUCCCGGGCGUGCUCUGCACCGCGCUCGCCGGCCUGCCCCUCGUGCACCUCGCGAUCGAAGAGCGCCCGCACUACGCCCGCGCGGGCUCCCCCAUGAGCCUUGCGGUGGAGCUCGGGCGCGUUCGACGGCUGCUGGGCGCGCCGUGCGCGCUCGUGGACGCGCUCCCGACGGUGCGCGUGGUGCAGGUGCGCGGGGCGUGUCCGGCGCUCCCGCGCCGGGCGAAGGAUCAGGAGGUGGGCGAGCAGGACGAGGCGGCGGCGCUGGCGGCGCUGCGGGGGAUGGAGAAGGAGGACUUGCGGCGGAGGGAGCGGUGGUGGUGGGCCGAGGACGCGCUCGGGUCCGCCGGGGGCGAGCGGGCGAUGGUGGAGCUCUGGAGGGAGGACGGGGAGCGGGCGAGGGAGAUCGUAGAGGGUGACGACUUUGAUGCGAAGACGAGCUUCGACGGCUUCAUGCUGCCCAAGCGCAUCUACCGUCCGUAA